AUGAGCGGAGAGACUGAGCACAGCAGGAUCCCAUUGGCGGGCCACACCAGCGGGGGCCACACCGGAGGGCCACACCAGCGAGGGCCACACCAGCGAGGGCCACACCAGCGAGGGGCCACACCAGCGGGGGCCACACCAGCGGGAGCCACACCGGAGGAGGGCCACACCAGCGGGGGCCACACCAGCGGGGGCCACACCAGCGGGAGCCACACCAGCGGGGGCCACACCAGCGGGAGCCACACCGGAGGAGGGCCACACCAGCGGGGGCCACACCAGCGGGAGCCACACCGGAGGAGGGCCACACCAGCGGGGGCCACACCAGCGGGGGCCACACCAGCGGGAGCCACACCGGAGGAGGGCCACACCAGCGGGGGCCACACCAGCGAGGGGCCACACCAGCGGGCCACACCGGAGGGCCACACCGGAGGGCCACUAGAGGGUCUGGGGGCAGAAGUCGGCAGAUACCCAUGGCAGUCUGAUGACGACAGUGAACAACAACAACAAAUCUGA